GAAAUGAAUCCUAUGUUGGUGUUUACAAGUGAAAAUUUUGUGGGUUACUGUAGAGUGUAUUUCUUGUAAUUGGAGGUUAUAAUACACUAUAAACAAACACAAAAUGAUUACGUUGUAAAUUAAAUUUGUAGAUUUAGUAAAAUGGACAUUAAACUUUGUCGUCUUUGUGCUGUUAAAAAAGAUUCCUUUGUAGGAAUUUACGAUGAUGAAGGGCAUAACUUGCGAAUUGAAUCAAAAAUUAACAAAUGUCUUCAAAUUGAGAUGUAUCCUGAAGACCCGUUACCAAAGAUGGUUUGUCUGGACUGUUGUUCCAAAUUGGAACAAUGCUAUCAUUUCUUGGAGACUUCUCAUGUGGCUCAGAUGACUCUUCAUAGAUUAUUUCCAAUCGGAGAUGAUGGUUGUCAAACCUCAGAACUCAAAGAGGAAGAAACUUUGGUUGAAUUGCUUCCACUUCCUGCUCCAUCUGAUCAACCUCUCACUCAUGAAGAUAUAAAUAAUAUAACUGAAAGCAUAGAAGAAAAAGUAGAAGACGGAUUAGAAGAAGAUAUUGAAGAAGAUGAUGAGGAUGAAGAAGAAGAUGAAGAUGAGGAUGAAGAGGAUGAUAUGGGAGCACAUGACAGCUUGGAAGAAGUUAUUGAAGAAGUUGUUGAAAUUGAUAACGAUGAAAAUGAACCUGCAAGUAUGCUGAAAAAGAAACGAUCACCAGUGCGAAAACAGAAAAAAUUGGAAGACUUAAGUGAGAUGGAAGUGGAAGAGUUGAUGUUAAAAGAUAAACAGUGGCAGCAUUAUCGUUGGAUCUGUUCGGAUUGUUCACAGGAGUUUCUAAGUGUGGAGCUUUUGCGAGAGCAUCAUCAAUUGAUUCACAAGCAAAGUCCUCAUUACAUGUGUGCCCAGUGCUCCAAGGUCAGCACACAGUUCCAGGAGUUCUUUAGUCACAUUAAGCGACACCGCAAUGUUCUCAAGUACAGCUGCGAGGAGUGUGGCAAGAGCUUCUCCAAUAAGCGAGUGAUGGACUCCCACUCGGCCUCUCACAGCAAUGUUCGGCCAUUCGUCUGUCAGGAAUGCGGCAAGGCAUUCCGACACCAAAACGCUCUCUUCAUCCAUACUCGAUGUCAUCUGCCCGAGAAUGUAAAAAACAAGUACCUCUGUGAUCAGUGCAAUAAAAGGUUCUCCACUAAACCUAACCUGGUGACUCACCAGCGUAUCCACACAGGUAUUCGCAACUUCACCUGUGAACAGUGUGGCAAAAGUUUUGUCCAGAAAGGCAACUUGGACGCUCACAUGUUGACUCACUCACAGGACAAACCAUUCAGUUGCGAGCUCUGCAACAAAGGGUUUAAGACUGCCAUGCAGCUACGCAAGCACCAUUCGGUACAUACAGGAGCCAAACCACACCAAUGUGAUGUGUGUGGCCGAUCAUUUAGAGAGAGGGGAACACUGCGUGAACACUUGCGGAUCCACACUGGAGCUAUGCCCUUCACUUGCGAAUAUUGUGGCAAGGCAUUUCGUUUUAAGGGCAUUCUUACAACACAUCGACGACAGCACACAGGAGAGCGUCCAUAUUCUUGCCUGGAGUGUCAGCAUCAUUUCACCAACUGGCCGAACUACAAUAAGCACAUGAAACGGAGGCAUGGCAUAAACACUAGCCGCCAGACUCGUGCCAAGCCCCCCACACUCAGCAACCCACCCCCACCCCUAGAGCCCCUGCCACUGUACGAGGAGUACGCCCCUGCACCCCUUCCACCCCCCACCACAUACCACCCUCACCCCAACAGCUUCCCUGCCCCUACUCUGCAGCAGUUCUUCACAUUCACCCAGCUGCCUGGACAACCACACCUCGACCCCACCCUCGAUAUGAUGCAGCACAGGUAGUGAUUGUCUCUCUCUCUCUCUCUCUGUCUAUUAUAAUUAAAUAUAGUAACAUUUCCUUUCAGUAUACUUUGUGUUAAUGGCAGAUCAUGUGCAAAAUAUUUUAGUUAUUUAGUAAUGUGAUCACAUUUUGUUGCUCACUAGUUUUUGUUUCAAAAUAUAAUAAAAUAAUUAAACUGUAUACUAAGUGUGUAUUCAGAAAUGUAAUACAAUUUAACUGACUAGUGAAUCUCGUGAUUUAAGUGCAUGCACCAAUGAAUUUAUUUUGACAUUGUUUUAUAAACCUUGAGUUCAUAGAAUGAAGGAAGCUUAAAGGUAAAUACAGUUUGUUCAAGGCGUUUUUUAAGCAUAAAUUAACAACUACAUAAAUAAAAUUGUAAAAAAAUCAUAAAUUAUUCAUAGUUUGUUGGAACAUGAUUUCAUUGUUGAUUGUAUAUUUUUGGUCAGUCUUUUUUCAAAUCAGUUAAAAUUAUGUGGAUGAGUAACUGUUAUUUGUCAUACUGUUAAGCAACUCACACAAAAAAAGUUUGUACAGAAAGAAAGUACUAUUUUUCAAUUUAUACAUUAAGUACUGUGACAUGAUUUGGCAUAAUAAGUCUGGUAUCAAUGACAUGGAUAUAUUUGAUUGAAUCUCAGUGUCCAAACGUGUUUUAUUUGUUUUAUUGUUUUCUUGUUAUUUUUUAAUAUUCCAUUAGUCUCCAUUUUAUUGUAUUUGUAUUUAUGUUUACAAUUCUUGUUAUUCAGGUAUAUAUAAAAGGAAUGUAGCUAUAUUGUUGUCAACAACAAUACCAGUGGCUUAUUUAUAUAAUAAUGUUUUAUUUGUGUUACACACAGUGCUCUUUCUAGAACUAAAAGUGGCAGAACUGUUACCUCCUAGCGGUAUGGAAUACAGUACAACCUUGUAACCUUGUUUGUCUAGAUUAAUUGGGGCUAAAUGUGAUCCAGAUAAAUAAACAUUCUGAUAACAGGGAAUACAGUUAAUACAGAAUAUAUAGAUUGCAGAUGAUAAGAAGUUUAUUUAUUACACAUACAGCAGUAGCCAAAAAGGAGCUAGUUUAUUAUUGUUUUAUUAAUAAUGAUUAAUUAUAGAGAAAAUAAAUAAAGUAAACCAGUUAAGGGAAAUUUUAAUUGUGUUAUAAAAAAAACUGUCAGUGUUUUUUGUUUUAUUUUGGUACACUUUUUCUGAGCAAUACGUUUCAAGGUCAUCAUUUGUGCUGUAAAGUUUAACCACGGUUUAAGGUCUAGGUCUAAGGUCUAACUCUGCUGUGAAAUCAGAAUGAAUCACAACAUCUGAUUUUCUCGAUAUCAGAAUUUUUCUCACUGUCCUUUGUUACCAUUUUAGAACAUACUGCUGCUACAAUUGUCAUCUACAAGAAGAUUCCGUUGUCGGUCUAAAGCCAAUCAUUUAAAUCUUGCAAAUUUAUAAUAAAGUUCAUGAAGGACUUUUACAACUUUGUUCAUUUGUUAUUAUUUUGUAUGUAUUAUUUUGAACACCGAGCAUGUAUUCACAAAAAAUCAAAUUACACUGAAAAUUCAACAAAAAUUAUUUGUUGUUCUAAAAAUUCUACUUUAUCCAUUCUGUAAAACUGAUUGGAUAAAUCCGGAGAUACGGAUAGUAAAGUCUGUAUAAACAAGGUUGUACUGUACAUCCAGAGGAAAGUUGGUCUGGGCAAAUUUUAAAAAUAUGAGGCCUUAGACAGUGUUUUUAUUCAUUUCUGUGGUGAUGAGGAGAGUAAAGAAAGGUGAAGGAUAUCUUAUUUUAUCAGAAUAAGUUAAGAUUAUAUAAAAAGAUUUUUUAACAAAAUUUUGAGGACAAACCAAAAGUGUUUAUUUUUUUACUUUAGAGAAACCAGAACACCAUUCCAGUGUAUUCCGCUUCACAUUAAGCAUUGUGUAGAGCAAACUUUUGGUAGUACUGGUGUUGGAACACAAUUAUGUGCCGGCUUGUUAACUACUCAAACUAGCAAGAAACGUAAAAGUAAUAAAUUUUAUAAUUCAAAAGUUGUGGAGGCUUUUGUAGAACUCUUAAUUUCUGUAGAAUUUGAUUAUAUAUUUUCUUUUGUUUUAAUAUGCACUAAUAUCUACAAGAGCUACAGAUAAAGUCACUUUUGUUCUCAUGUAGCGAAGGAAGUAGCAAGAGGAGUUUCACCUUAUUUGUACUUAUGUACAAAAUAUAUAUGUACCUCUAGCUGUGUUAGUGUUGAGAUUGUGGAGUUUUCGAUGAGUCUGUAGUGUUACAAUCUUUGAUGUUAGAAUUUUCGAUGUACGUAAAUAGUUGUUACAAUUGGGGAAAUACCUGUAGAUUGAGAAGUUGUUGAGGUCAUUCCCUUUAUAUUAAAAACAUCAUACUAUAGCUAUUAUUCUUAAAGAAAUUAUGUUUUCACCAAAUUUAUUAUAACUAGUGAGUGAUGCAUUAAAAUAAAGGGAAAAUGUCUAUGGGUUUUUUGUUGAGAGGAUUCAUUUAUAUAGCUACAUAUCACCGCCCGUUUCUUUAUCGCCAUCAAGAAUAUUUUUUUCUACAUUUUUAACAUCACAUGUUACUGAAAUCACUGUUAAUUUUGUGAAUAACUUGAGUAAAGAUGAAUGAAAUGUCAUAAAAUAUCAACUUUGAAUAUUUUACGACAAAAUGAAAUUAUUUCACAUACUUCACAUUUAGUAGUGGGAGAUCUAUUUGUGUACAAACAAAUGAAUGCUACAGAUGAAUUAGAAACAACACAAUGUUUUCUCUGACACAUCUAUAAUUGAGCAUUGGCGUAACUAAGUGGGCAUUUAGGGGAUAUAAUCCUCCCCCAAAACCCUAAAGAAUUUUAAGCAUAUUUGUAUGUGUUCAAACCUCCAAAUUGUUUUAAAUACAGCAGUUAAAUGUUUUACUUUGAAUAAGGCCUAUCCAGUAUGUUUAAAUUUAGAUUUGAUAUGAUUUAUUUUUUACCCUUGGUGUGAUGUUCUCUUAAAUCAGAUUCAUCCCUCCCCAAAACCAAGCCAUACUUACACAACUACAUACAAGUGAGUAUAAACAUCACUUGUUACUUUCUUUCUCUGCAGAGCUUUUAUAUGCAAUAUUAUUAGGUUAUUUUAAUGUCUAGUGUCUAGGUUAAAAAAUAAUAAUAAUUUGUUCAACACCAAAUGUGCCCAUACCCUUUGUGUAUUACGUGUCAUUAUUAUAGUGGUCUGUGAGAUUGUGAAUGUCCCAAUUUGGCCCUGACACGGAAAAUGUAGCAUGUUUUUUUUUUUUUUUUUAGUAUCCUCACAUUAUUAUUCUUGUACUUGUAUUGUAUUAGUAAAACAAGUCUUGCUGUAUGAGGAAAUUAUUUCACUCAACUUUGAAUGUCUUCCAAUCAUCAAGGAAGAAAAACUUGAAUGGUAUAUUUUAUCAAGCAUUAGUUUGUAUUGGUUGGCCUGGUUAAGUAAUAUACUUAGUGCUAUAAGUAAAGACAUAUUAUCUGGUUGAAAUUAAGACUUAAUUAAGAAAAAGUUCCAAAGUACCUGUCACUAUAAUUAUUUUGUUUAAAUGUAGUUUUGUGUAACCAAUUUUUAGUUAACCAAAUAAAACUUCUCUAUUGUUUGUUUAGUUCCUUUCAUCAAAUCUUGCCAUGAAUUUAUUUCAACUGUUAAAAUUUUGUAUUAAACGUUGUUUGAUUUUGUUUUGUUAGAGUGCAUCUAAAUAUGAUUUAAGUUAUCCAUAAGAUCUUGUGAAUAGUUUUCACAACAUACUAUCGGUAUUAAAUUUUGUGCAUCAAAUAUUAGGAAGUAGUUUUUUAAAUGGAACGGCUGAAUGCAAUGGCCAACACAUUAUAUAAUAAUGGAGUGAAUGUUGCAUUGUAAUGCAUAUGAACAAAGUAUUGUAUUACAUUACAUUGCAUAGAGCCUUAAUGUUAACUCUGUAUAAUAUGAGAUAAAGUGGUCAUGAAUAAUUUUUUAAUAGUUUGUUUUUCAUAUGUUAUUUUCUGAUUGUAUUUGAGAAUUCUUUUAUAAUUUAAGGUUAAGUAUUAUUUUGUAUUUUGCAUAUCAUUACUUUAUUUAUAUUUACAGAUUUUUGUAAAAUAAAACAAAGUAAAUUACAUUAUUAUGUUUAAAUCGUGUAUACUUAAUAUUAAGUCGUUUUAAACUUGUAUUAUUUAUUUUUAUUUUGUACUCAGUUAUUCUUGGUGUUGUGCAUAUUUAAUAACUUAUUAAUGAGCAAGGUAGUGAUAGGUUUUAUAGCCAUAUUAAUUACUAUUUAAUCAUAUUAAAAGAGGAAAAUGACCGGUACUUUAAUUUUGAUCAUAAAUAAUAGUUAAAUUAGUGACCUCCAUUAUUCAAGUCAAUUAUAGAAUGCUAUUAGUUUUGUAUUCUUAAGUAAUCUGUGUAUUGUUCUCUAUAUAUUUUGAUCUGAAUUCUGUGAUAUCUGUUCAAAACUUAACAGUAUUAUUUAUUAAAAAUAAGUUUUGAAUUUAAUUUUAUUAUUUGAUAAAAAAUUUGAUAUUGUA